CUGCCGUGUGCAACUGCCAUUUUCUCCAACAAACUAAGAGAGUUGGAAGACAUUGUGAGGCAGAAAAAGGAGAGUCUGACUCUCUUGGGACUGAGUGUCGAACUGCACCCAAUGUUUAGAGACGUUGACCUACUGCGUCACAUGGUGACAGGCGGUCUCGGCACUGAUGAACCAGGGAUGCCGGGAUCAUCCAGGACGAGUGUGGUACGGUUUCUAGACCGCCUGUGGCACGGACUGCGGUACUGCCACACCCUCGGAGAGGGCGGGGCCAGCAGUGUCCAGCUGCUCUUCCCACUGUGGGUGAUGAGUAUCCGCCCAUACCUGACUGCCGUUGGGGAGUGGAUGGCCAGAGGUGUCCUACAGGACAGGCACGGAGAGCUCUGCAUUGUCAGAAACGAGGCUGUAAUUGAAGGGGCAGGGAACUACUGGGGGGAAGGUUUCUCUGUCCGAGACCCAGUCCCCCAGUUCCUGGAACCACUCCUGGACCAGGUGAUGCUGGCUGGCAAGUCCAUGAAUCUCAUUGACACCACAGGGCAGAGGAGAGGAGGAGAGGAGGAGGAGGAUGAAACUGACGUGCCACUGGAACUAAGAGACAUGGACCCUCUUCUGCAGCAGUAUCUCCAGUCCUUAACCUGCCACGCUGCCCCAGAUGGCCCCACCUCUCUCUCAGUUUGGAACGAGCUACGUACCAUGGCAGGGAGACAGUCAAACACCCCAGUGAAUGUCUUGGUUCAGAACUGUCUCCAACCUCUCAUCUCCAAACUCUGCAAGAAAGUACGUGAAACGACUUUUAAAGAAGUGAGAAUGUUGCACUGCCGUUUUACCCCCGUCCAAUCCGUGGAUCAGGCAUCCAGUUGCCUGAUGCACAUCCUGCAUACAGAGUACAACCUCCUGGACCAUUUCAGGACGGUCCAGCUCUUUCUGUUGAUGGAAGCUGGAGACACAAUGCACCAUUUUGCCUCCGACAUCUUUUCAAGAAUCCAGCGGGGUGAACCGUGGAGGGAUGGGGUCUACCUCAAUUCUUUACUCCAAGAAGUACUCUUACCCCAUUACCCCCACCUCGACAACUGGUCCCGUGGCCGGUUACGACAGUCUUCACCAGCGCCGGUGAUGAAGACGUACAACGCUAUCUUCCAUUUCCUAAUGCAAGUCAAGUGGGCCAAGUGGUGUCUUGAAGGACUCCAGGUCAAAGGUCACAUGCGGGAAGCAGGGACACGCACACCUCUGUCCCUUCUGCUACAUAGACUGCUGCUACUGAGGGCAAAGUUGCUCCAUUUCGUCAACUCUAUUUAUCACUACCUAAUGACCAGGAUCCUCCACAGUGUGGGGUUGAAGUUCCAGGGUCAGGUCAACGAGGCGGCUGACCUCGACACAGUCCUGACCCUCCACAGUGACUACGUCUCCACCAUCUUUGACCGCUGUCUGCUCAACAAGAAGGUUGACCUUGGGCUCCCAGCUCUCUUCCCUCCCUCCCUCCCUCCCUCUCACUCACACACACACACACACACACCACUCCCGUUUGUUUUGUUCGAAUGGUUUUCGUAAGCAAUCUGCAAAAGUAUCCUUCAUGGGAACAGACUUUCAGUAUAAUGGCCAUUUGUAACCCAAGUCAACAUCCACAAAAACUGCUUCUGCAAAACUCAAUCCAUAAGCAGGAACAUACUGUGCUAACCUACUGCAUGCAUCUCUAUGAAGGCAUCCAUUGUGAAGGAAGCGGUGUUGAAGACUCUGCGAUUGACUCUCAGCUUCAGACAGAAGUGGGAACUCGGCCUCUCAAGCUUCAGCUACGCCGAGGGGCAGAAGAUGGAGUCGGACUUCUCCAAAUGCAGCCAUUUCCUUGUCACUUGUCUCACUAACACAGUCAAGAGAGGCUCCUUCCCUCACUUGGAGAGCCUGGCUUUCUCUCUCACUACACUCAAGACCGAUCAGAAGAUAUUCUCAAACUGAAACUGAUGAACAAUUCUCCCUCUUAUCAUCUUUCUCUCUCUCUCCCCCUCAUCCUUGGGCUAACUCUUCUCCUUGCUCUUUCUCCCUUAUCUACCUUUGCUCUCCGUCCUCCCUCCCCCCUUUCCCUCAUGCAACCAGUUGUACACAUAAAGAACUGGUCAUUACUCCAUAAUUAUUGUCAAGUCUAACUCCCACAUUAUAGUGUACUUACUGUAUAUUGAACUUUUAACUACCAGUAACAUUGUCCCUACUAUUCUUUCUUGACCUUCGUUUGAUUUAUCAAAAAACUUAUUGGGAAUUCAACAUGAUCAAUGUGUACACGUGUGGAUGGGUCAGAACAGCCAAUAUCUGAGGAAAAUGAGGAAGAAAAGAACGACCACCACGACAACAAUCUUGGCCAUGAGCGAGGCUCUGAGGUUCAGAUAGCGGGCCUCUUUCCUGUACCUUUGAGAACUGAUGGAGAGCUUCUGAGCCUUGUCACUUAGCGCUGAGGAGGAGAUAAAUUAUUGC